UCAGAUUAGAAUGCCGCAUGCGUGCGCGCUUGUGUGUUUACGGAAGCGUGCUACUGGAAAGUGUGCGGAUUAUUGAGAAAAUAAAGAAAAGAAAGGAAAUAGGAAAUCGAAGAAAAAAAAAAUGCCUUCCGAAAAUAAAUCUCUAUCAAUAAUGAUUGAGUUUGGAGGUGGAGCCGAAUCGUUGUUCGAUAAGAAGAAAAAACACGAGGUUAACUUACCUGCUGGCGAAUGGAAAUUGAAACGUUUAUUACAUUGGAUAAAAGAUAACCUCUUGAAGGAACGAUUGGAACUAUUUAUGCAAGAGGAUACCGUACGACCAGGAAUUCUUGUUCUUGUAAAUGACACUGAUUGGGAAUUAUUGGAAUAUCUAUCGGUGUUUACAGGGCCAAGGAGAUUACGUUCUACAACCGAGAGACACCGUGCUCUUCAUAUCGACGUUACACGGUGGUUAAGACGUCGGAUGGAUCGUCUAUGUCGAUGGAAAGACGCGUGAUAUUCGAGGAUGGCUAUUUACGAGAUCACAGAACUAUAUUGGAGAGAGAGUUUCUUAAUAAUAUUAUUAUUAUUAUUAUUCGAUAAUAAAGUUAUUUCUAUAAAUGACUGAUUUGAUUGUGCGAACGUAUAGACUUUAACAAAAAUUACAAAAAUUUAUUCGAUUUUUUAUUCA